CUUCGUUCACUUCGAGGAGCGAGACGCCGCAGUCAAGGCGAUGCAGGAGAUGAACGGUAAAGAGCUGGGCGGUGAGCAGAUCGAGAUCGUGCUGGCCAAACCUCCAGAUAAGAAGAGGAAAGAACGACAAGCUGCCCGACAGACCAGCAGAAGCUCAGGGUAUGAUGACUAUUAUUACUACCCUCCCCCCCGCAUGCCUCCUCCGGGGCGUGGCCGCGGGCGUGGUGGGCGGGGCGGAUACGCCUACCCGCCCGAUUACUACGGUUACGAGGAGUACUACGAUGAUUACUAUGGUUACGAUUACCAUGACUACCGAGGCGGCUACGAUGACCCCUACUACGCUUACGACGAUGGCUACUCCAUGAGGGGGCGGGGCAGUGGGCGGAGCCGUGGAGCUCCACCUCCCCCCAGAGCCCGCUCGAGGAAACCGCGGCGGAAACGUGGGCGGGAAGAGGAAGGCAGACGUGUUUAACCAGCCGGACUCCAAACGCCGUCAGACCAACCAGCAAAACUGGGGCUCGCAGCCCAUCGCCCAGCAGCCCCUGGGCUCCGACUACGCCGCCGGCUACGGCUACAGCAACGACUCGCUCGAGUUCUCCCAGGACUCCUACGGCCAGCAGUGGAAGUAGACGCGCAGCCCGCCCUCGUCCUGAGAAACUAGACCGUGAUUGGCCAGCUGUGUUUGUUUGACUUUUCUAUCCUCCAGUAGCCCUGUAGAUUCUGUCUGUGGCCCUGGCGGGACGCUUGUCUUAAACAGACACAACACUUUUAUUCCCACAUCCUCCUUGUUUUAAACUCCACCAUGAGCAUUUUAAAGAACACACUGAUACUUCCGAGCAAGCGUGCGCGUGAAAGGACGUUCAAAUCAUGAAAUGGCCUUCCAGAAAGAUGUCGUCCUUCCCGCAGUCCUCCGUUCUCAUCGUCUCUCUUUCUCUCAGUGCUAGUGGCAUAGGGACUCGCUUGUAAAUAAUAGCUGUCGACUAGAGCUUCGUUUCAGCUUUUUGUUUUACUUUUGUGUUUUUUUGUUUUUUUUGCAGAAGUGGAGAAAAUAAUCCACGAGAAGGAAAAAAAAAAAAGUUUUGUAGCAGGAGUGCUGUUUAGGUGUCUGUUUAGCAUUUCUAGAAGUAGUUGAAUUGUGUUUUUUAAAAACUGCUAUACUGAUAUUAUAACUUCAGAUGGUUUUUUUCAUUUGGGAUUUGCUGGUGAGGGUUUGGUCUGGCUUACCUUAAGAGCUAUGGCCCGCUGGUCUGAUGUUUGUAUUUAUAACUUUUAUUUUUUGUUUGUUCAGUUUCAAUAAAACUCAAUUGAGCAAA